AUGACCGACAGUGUCAAGACCCAAUACCAAUGGCUCAGCCAGCUCAACGUUGAUCAUGUUCCCGCUGAGAGGAACUUCAGGAGAACCUCUAUUAUCUGUACAAUUGGUCCCAAAACAAACUCGGUGGAGUCUAUCAACAAACUUCGCAAAGCCGGGCUGAACAUUGUUCGCAUGAACUUUUCUCAUGGCUCAUAUGAGUACCACCAGAGUGUCAUCGAUAACUCGAGGGAGGCUGAAAGGCAGCAUCCCGGCCGACCAUUGGCGAUCGCUCUUGAUACUAAAGGACCCGAGAUCCGCACUGGUAACACCAAGGGAGAUGCCGACCUUCCUAUCUCUGCUGGCUCAGAAAUUAUCAUCACCACAGACGACAAAUAUGUUACCUCCUGUACGGAGAAGAUUAUGUACGUUGACUACAAGAACAUCACUAAAGUUUUGGACGUCACCGAUGAGAGGAAUAUUAAAGCUCGCUGCCUUAACAACGGCAAGAUCUCCUCCAAGAAGGGUGUGAAUCUUCCCAAGACGGAUGUUGACCUUCCUCCUCUAUCCGAGAAGGACAAGGAGGAUCUUCGAUUUGGCGUCAAGAAUGGUGUUCACAUGGUCUUCGCGUCAUUUAUCCGUCGUGGCUCUGACAUUACCGCCAUUCGUGAAGUUCUGGGGGAAGAUGGAAAGGAGAUCCAGAUCAUCGCCAAGAUUGAGAACCAACAGGGUGUAAACAACUUUGAUGAGAUUCUCGAAGAAACCGAUGGUGUCAUGGUUGCUCGUGGUGACCUCGGGAUUGAGAUCCCACCUGCUCAGGUGUUUAUUGCUCAGAAGAUGAUGAUUGCCAAGUGCAAUCUGGCUGGAAAGCCCAUUAUUUGCGCAACCCAGAUGCUGGAGUCCAUGACAUACAACCCCCGUCCCACUCGUGCUGAAGUUUCAGACGUUGGUAAUGCAGUGCUUGACGGCGCUGACUGUGUCAUGUUAUCCGGAGAGACUGCUAAGGGUAACUACCCAAUUGAGUCUGUUACAAUGAUGCACGAGACCUGCUUGCUUGCAGAGACUGCCAUCAGCUACGUUCCGCUGUUUAACGAGCUACGUGGGUUGACCAAGAGACCAACCGAGACAAGCGAGACCUGCGCUAUCGCAGCUGUUAGCGCCAGCGUUGAGCAGGAGGCUAGCGCCAUUAUUGUUCUGAGUACUAGUGGAUCAACUGCGCGCUUGAUCUCGAAAUAUAGGCCAAGCUGCCCAGUUCUCAUGAUUACCCGAAAUGCCAACGCUGCCCGAUAUUCCCAUCUAUAUCGCGGUGUUUAUCCAUUCGUGUACCCUAAGCCUAAGCCUGACUUCAACCAGGUUAUAUGGCAAGAGGAUGUUGAUGAGCGUCUGAGAUGGGGCACUAGUGAGGCCAUCAAGCUCGGGCUCGUUAAGGCUGGAGAUACUAUCAUUGCUGUCCAAGGGUGGAGGGGCGGAUUGGGUAAUACCAACACUCUCCGCGUCCUGAAUGCCAAAGAAUGAAAAUUUCACAUGUGGAUUAAACUACCCAAUAGCGAAAGCUCGGGAUUAAUGGGAGUGGUACGCACUACUGUAAUAGCUUAGGUGGUAUUUCCGGUGCUUGUGGAUCCGUUUUGGUGGUUUCCAGCUGUUGGCAAGGUGCAAAUAAAUUUUCAUUGGCUCAAUAA